AUUUAGGGUGCGGCCGGCGCCAGUCACAUCCGCCAUGGAGCAGUACCAACAUAAUGGCCGGAAAUUGAUCCAGAUGCUGUUCAAAAGUACGGACAAAGGGACAUCAGCAGGGCCGCCGGUGAAAACCCUCCCGACCAAACCGUCGGCGUCAUCCCAUCCACCGUCCAAGCUAUUCCCGCCCAUGACCUUGGUAUCGUCGAGGCUUGCCAGUCCGGAGACCCCCACCGACCCCCCCUCCCCCCUCCAAUGGAAAUCGUAUCGCUCAACCCACGGGGGGCCACGCUUUUCCCUGCUCAAAUCGACCAAAAACGUCAAACGCGCUCCUGCCCGGAUUCCGCCUUUGGACGUAUCCGUCCCGUCGCCUGCAGCCGUCGCAGUUGGGUGGACUGGAAAAAGCAACAACCACGCCGAAGCUGACCACCAGGCGGAGGAUGAGAAUGGCCGGACGACAGGUGCAGCUCUGGAAGACGACGACACGGAUAGUACCCCAGCUUCGGACGACGUCACUGUGGACGAUAUGGACCGUGUGAUCGACAAUCUGAAACAAUGGCGCGUCGAUCAUGCCCGCAAGGUGGCAGGGCAGUACCCAAUCGAGUCGCGCCAAGACACCGAAGAUGACAUCGCUCGAGAGGCGGCAGUGGCCGACCAAGACGAUGCGGAGCACGAGGCUCUGAUGCACAUGUAUGAGCAAGCCAAAGCUCGGUGGCAUACGCGUACACCCACGACUCCGAAAGAGUGGACAACUUCGAUGAAAGCAGCGCAAACCCCAGAGAACGGAGGUGGCAAUGCCGACGAGACCAAGGUCCUCGCCAUGUUGGCUGCGUCCACUUCGUCGACGGACAAUGUGGAAAAGCUACAGCAGCUGCGGCAUGAAGUAUUUGAGCUGCAUGUCAAGGAUAUUUCACGCCAACUACACCGUCAAAUGGACCUGAACAACGUCGCGGACGACGACGCGUUUGAUGCGCACCUCUUGGAACUUGAAAUGGGUGUACAGACGUAUGCGAAUGACUUGGACGUGCUGCUCAACAGGUUGGGCGCGUAUAGCUGUACUCCCGACGACAACAAUGACGGUUGACCUCGUGAAUUGAUAAACACAACUUGUAUUCAAGUACAUACAAUGAUAUUAGCCUGUUCAGCUCGGCGCUGAGGGCUAGAUUGUCCCCCA